UAGAAAAACGAUAGACGAUUAUUGCCGCCACAUAGUUAACGCAGCUAAAGACGCGAAAUUGCCAGUGCAAUGGCAUUCGAGAGCUCUAAAAAGCUGUUAAAGAUUCCUGACGAAAGGAUGAAUGCACAGUGGAACAAUAGUGGCGUACAGGCGUCCCAUGCAGAAAUCGCACUCAAUCAGAUACCGGACGCGUUGAUAUGCAUUUCAGACGAUUUCCGUACCUCCACGCCGGGAGAGGGUCAGGAGGUCGUGGAGAACCUGAACCGCCGCAAGCUGCGGGCCAGAGGUCCUGGUUCCAUUCGAGAUGAGAGAAAGAUCGCGAAGUUGGCCGUGAAGCGUCUCUGGCCAGACUGCGAGGACGACGAGCCGAACGCCAAAAAAGCACUGGAAUUCGAGCAACUUGUGCCGAUAUACGAUAGGAACAUAACGCCGCUGCCUCAAAUCGAAAAUAGUCAAAACCGCAAACAAAAUAACGAAUUCGAUUUCGCAUUCGAAAUGUCCGCGCAGCCGAGUGCCAAACCGGAGGACAUGCUGGUCGGCCUGUUCCAGGACUGCAAACUGGAGAAAGAUGAAAGAGACGAGGCACAGAUUGGCUGCGACCAAGCGGCCAUGCCGGCCAGUCAAUCUGAAUUGGCACUGGUUCAUUUGAAGUUGCCGUGCAAGACGCCCCAAUCCCAGUCCCAGGUGGAAAUCCAUCAAAAUGAUUCAGUUGCGACCGCCAACAGCGACAGCGGAAGCAUAAUACUGGCGUCCGAUGAUUCCUCAGCUACGCCGUGCAGCUUCCUUCACUCGUCCGAGCUCUGUAACUCCUCCGACUUCGAGGAACUUCGCAAGGAGUUCACCGAGGACUCCUCCCACAUCGAUCUCUCACUUGAUUCGGCCAGCAGCAGUAAUCCUAGUGCCACUGAAACCGACAUGAAGACACCCAAGCUGGGCGCGAAGCGCAGAUCGCCGGAGACCAAGGACCAUGUGUUGGCCAAAAAGAUUUCUUACCAAAAUCGGGACGAGAUGAACACCUCGAAUCAGCCCGUGGUGACGCGCAGCGGCCGUGUUGUGGUGUCACGUCCGAACCAGCAGUUUGACUACUCCUCCUCCUCGAAGGACGAUGGCGAGGAGGACUCUGACGAGGUGUCGCUGGAUGCCGACGACGAUGAGUAUGAGGAAGAAGAUUUCGAUCAGCUUCAGUGGACGGACCGCAAACGGCGUAGCUUUAGAAACAGCAGCUUGGCCAUAAACCCCGAAGGCAGCCUCUCGUCGCCGGAGUCAGUGCCUCCGAUGGUCUAUGUCGAAUUGGGCGGCAAAGUCGUGAUCAUUAGGGACAAACCACAGCCCAACAUCGUUCUGGAAGACGAUGAGGAACUCAAGACGCAGAUGCACAAGUUUUUGGGUCUGAUGCCAUCACGUCGCAAGCUCUUCGAUCCGGCUGAGUACAAUAUGGAUCGGGGGGAUAAUGAGAUGGAUGUGUACGUACCGAUCAGUAUUGUUACCAAUCCAUCUCUUAAAUCCUCACCAAGUCCAGGUACUCCAUCGGCCAAGCCACCAAUGUGGCCGGAAACAACGCCGACAUCCACUUGCUCCAAGUUAAAUUUAUCCUAUUCUACCUACACACCGUCCGAGAAUGAUCUCCAGGCUAAGAGCACGGAUGACUUUAUAACCCAGGUCAAUUUGGACUGCUUUCAGGAGAAAACGCCGGGCUUUAUCAAGGAGCCCAUUGAUCUAAGCGAGCUACCCAGCCAAAAGCAACUAGCCACCAACUGCCGCCGACACAGGAGCUGUUUAAACCGCCUGGAGCGGCACCCACAUUUCUACGGAUUCGUCCAGUCGAUCAGACUGAAAGUGCCGAUCAACAUGUGCCAUCCGCUGGCCAUCAGCUUCCGGCGGACCAGUUUCCAGAAAUAUAAGGUGGCACUGGCCAAGAUUCUGUUCAACAUGUUCAAUCACGCGAUCUUCCACUGUGGCCUGCAGGUGCCCAUUGUUUGGAAGCACGCAAUGAAGAAGCGCUCGAAAGGCGAGCUUGGCAUCGACGCCUUCGGCAGGCGCAGAGCAGAGAUCCUGCUUCUGCACAGCAUAAACAGGACGGCCGAGCUCAUCAAUCUAAUGCUGCACGAGAUGUGCCAUGCGGCGGCUUUCCUGUUUAACCGGGAGUUGGGUCACGGCGACAACUGUCGCAGAUGGGCCUACCAGGCGAAGAUGGCCUUUCCAGAGGUGCCCGCCAUCACGGAGUGCAUUCCUAGCUUCAUGUAUACGUGCAGCAUGUGCAGCCGCUCCUCCUACGCCUCGGCCGACUUCCAAGCGUACAACAUACGCUGCUACUACUGCCAGUUCGAGGUGAGCGUGAAGACCGUAAACAAAGCGAACUUGUACGAGGGCACCCGUUCCGAUCGGACGAUGACUCCGUUCAAGUGCUUCAUCCGUGACAAGUAUUUGAAGCUGGGCGAGGAGGGGGGCGCCACACACUCAUCGAAGAUGGCGCUACUCAACGAGCAGUUCGCGAAGAUGAAAGCCGCGACGGAUUAGCUGCCAGCUGUCUAGCUGCUGGCACACAACUUGGAGAAUAUAUAUUUUAUAAGUACUAUAUGAACAACCAUGGAAGGCCCCAUCAAAAUGGAGCAGCCUCCAGUGAAAAUGAACCCGCUGUGACCUACUUUAUACCUACACUUUAUACAAACUUCUAUAAACUGUACAAUGGCGCACUACGGGAUGGGGUAUCCACGGAGCCCCAGAACCCCGAGAAGGCGUUCGGCACUAGUCUACGUGUUAACUAGUAUAUAUUUUUAUGUUAACUAACAAAUUACAUGUGAAUACUACUACAGUAAGUCCCGUCGGAACGCUGGUGGCUAUUGAAUAGCGACAUGCUACUAUUCUUCAACGAAAUCAAACGAGAAAUCAAAAUUUAAAACAAUUUAAUAUGGGAAACCAUCAUUAGUCGCAUGUUUUAAUGGAAUGCGUUGUUUGUUUUUUUUUUUUUUUGUGAAAACGUUCUGUUUGCCAAAUUCUCUGUUAUCGGCAUCCCAAAAAUAAAAACGAUUCAAAUACAAAUACAGAUACACCAAG